AUGAAGCACCUGUGUAAGGAACUCUCCGAAGAUUGCUGGGAAUUGAUUCUGAAUCAAUUAGCAAUCGAUGACCUCAACCACUUGCAAUCCCCUUCUUUGGUCUGCAAGCUAUUCCUAUCCAUCACCGAUCGACUUCGACUCAAAUUGAAUGUCCCCAACAGAUUGUUCUACAGCCAUAACUGUGAGGGUUUGUUCAGAGCUCUUCAACGAUUCACUAACCUCCAAGAGAUUGAGCUUCGUGAUCCCAUCUUCGGUGACAAAGCCGAUGUCAACUACCCCCUUCGAAGAAUCGCUUCUUCGGGGUUGGAUCUUCAAUCCCUCUAUCUCCGUUCUUUACAAAAAUCCCCAUUCCCCAAAACUUUUAUGAAAUUGGGCUCAACCAUGAACAACUUGAAGAUUCUAAGGUGUUGUUGCGUCAAGGGUUUCCGAAAUCACCACGUUGUUGCCAUAGCUGAUGCUUUACCCUGGCUUGAAGAGCUCGAUAUCCAGUUUUCCGGCUAUUUUUGGAACCAGAAGAUUUUGAUCUACGAUGAUUCUGGUUUGAGCUUCCAUGGACUCUCGAAUUUCUUAUGUGGAUGCCCAUCUUUGACACACUUGACACUUUGUUUCAAUAAUUUCCUCACUGACAAUUACGUGAGGGAUUUAUGCCGGUAUCUUCCUAAUCUUGUGUCCAUAAAAUUUAAUCGGUGUUCAAACAUAACCACUGCAACAUUCUUCAUCCUUGCAAAAGAAUGUCCUAUGCAUUCGGAAAUUGGACUGCCUAAUAUAAAGCCACAAGUUGAAGAUGAUUUUAACUUGGAGUUGAAGGGGAAUUAUCCAAUUAGAUCUAUUAGAGUUGAUGUAUAA